UAACCACAACUGAGCCAGCAAUACAGUGAAAAUGGUUUUGGCGGGAAGGGUACAAACCAAUGUAACACCCAAUUUAAACUCCAACCAAUCCUCAUUCUUUCUCUGCACUCUCAAUUCUUAAAUCGAUUUCUCUCCCCCCUCUCUCUCUCUCUCUAGAAUCGCCAUUUUUCUCUUUGGAACAAUGGUGGACCGGGGCCGGCGACCGACUGUUGCUUCCGGAAAUGGGAAUGAAGACCGCCCAGAGGUUAUUUCGGAAUCACCGGCAACGGAUUCUGAACUCGCUCGUCUUCAACUCCGCCAACGCUGGGAGUUAGCUUCCAUUCUCAACUUUCUUAACGUUUUUGAGCCAGUUCUUGGGGUCGAUUUUAAAAUUUCAGCAGAAGAAAUAGAGACAGCACUUAUUGAGCCAAAUAGCUCACUUGCUCAGCUUCAUGUUGCACUUCUGAAGGGAAUACCCCCUAUGAGCAAACUACUGAAGCAUUCUGAUGGUUGGGUCACAGUACUAUGUAAGAAACUCACAGUUUGGUGGCCAUGGGUAGCAGAAGGGGAUUUUCCUCUUAGUCCAGCCAAAGGAGAGGAAAUAUGCACAUACAAGGCAGUCAAUCCAAUAAUUCGCCUACUUCUUCUUAAAGCACUUUGUGAAAUUCGAGCUGAUCAAGGUGAUAUUUCGUCCUACAUUAAUGAUUCAAUAAAAAAUGGAACUGCUCUAUCAACUUUUCGGAAAGAUAAGCUUGGGGGAGAUGGAAUUGGAAUUUCCUAUUGGUAUGAUGGAAAUGAGACUAUUGGUCAUAGAUUGUAUAAGGAGAUUCUAAAAAUUGAAUCUAAACCAAAAGUUAGGGGGGUGGAAAAUGGACUAGCAAUUAGUUCUCGAUGGGAGACGCUCGCAACUAAUCUUGAAGAAUUCCGUACCUUUGUGGAUAAUGUUUCAAACAGUGAAGUUAAAUGGGAAAAUGCUGUGGGUAAGGCUGUUCAAGCUGAUGUCAUUCCUGUGCUUGAGAAAAUACAAAAGAAGAAAGACAGGGCUCUGAAACGAAAAAGGAGUCAAGAUAUGAUUCUUGACAGUUUUAGACAGUCUGCUGUUACUCGUUCCUGCCGAAAUCGUGGGCAUAUCAAUUAUACAUUUGAUGAUUAUGAUAGAGCCAUUAGUGAGGCCAUAAAAGUAACAAACAAUAGGAGGACUACCAAAGAGCAAAGACACACAAAACAAUAUAGCGAGAAUGGCACCGUUAAUGGAACUGUCGAUGACCACGAGGAUUCUUUAGCAACUAGCUCAACUGGCGAUGAAUCCACGGGAAGUGACACAGAGAGUGAGCAGCAUCCCGGGAGCGAUGUUGCUGAUGACACCAGUGAUGAGAAUGACGGGGAAAAGGUUGCUGAUGACACCAGUGAUGAGAAUGACGGGGAAAAGGUUGCUGAUGCUAGAGAAGAAGACACGAUUACCGAACAUGAUUACCAGACAAAGGAAAGUUGGUUGGAGCACAGGCAUAGGGAUCCUCACUGCAACAAGAGAGGUUCUACUCUUCUCAGAAGAACUAAGGAUAGGUUGAUACAGAGGCCUAUCCUUACUACUGCUGAGUGCGAGGUUGUUCCUGAUUCAGAGGACGACGAAUAGAUGGUGCUGAAAUUGUGAUGGUUAAUUGAAUGAUGAUUGUAGAUUAAGGUUGUAGUUUUGUUCUCAAGUAUGCUUGAAAUACUAGAAUUUAUUCCCCAUUUCCAAUGAAGGGCAACGACUUCAUGAAUGAUUUAGGUAUUUUUUAAAGCAUCCAAGUCAAGAUUGAUUUCUUGAGCUUGUUUCUGAUGUAAGAAAGGUUUAUUACCUUGAACAUCUGGGCUCAAAGCCAAAUCAUGAGAAUGGUAUGAAGUAGAAA